AUGAGAUUGAACUUCGCUUACCCGGCGACGGGCCAACAGAAGUCGUUCGAAAUCGAAGAUGAGAAGAGACUUCGAUUCUUGCACGACAAGCGUAUGGCUCAGGAGGUUGCCCUCGACCCUCUCGGAGACGAGUGGAAGGUGCGCUUUUUUCUUUAAUGGCGUAUUCAUCGGAUCAACGGAACAUGCUUCAAAACAAAAAUCGUGCUCAUCGGCGCGCCGAAGUUGCUCCAAAACAGUACUAAUUUUUGUUUUGGAGAAAUAUUCUUGCGUUUCGAAGCAAUUUUCGUUUUGUCCGAGGAACACGCUAUAAGAAAAGUUUACAAAUUUGAUUCUUUUUUUUUUGUAAAUGUUCGAUUCAUGUUUUUCUUUUAACUUUUUUUUUUUAUUUUGAAUCAUAUACUAUUGUAAUGCUUUGUUCAGACUUAUUUUUCUAACUCUCAUGGCUAUUGAAAACUUCGCGGAACAAUUUUAAACAACCCUUGACAUUAUAAAAUUUUUGGACACAGUUUUACGCUUUAAACAGUAGGAGCUUCAAACGAACUACAAUCGAAAAUUUUAUGGAGUGUUCAAAGUUAUUCCGCGAAGUUGGAAAAAAAGGUCAAGAUGUGAGAAAGAUAACGGAAUUUGAGGGAGUUUUCGGGGGAAAUUUUUUUGAACACGGCAUUGAAAAUUUCGUUUUUUUUUAUCCUUCAUUUACUAAAUUCAGGGAUACAUCGUCCGAAUUGGUGGUGGAAACGACAAGCAAGGUUUCCCCAUGAAACAAGGAGUCUUGACCAACGGCCGUGUUCGUCUGCUCCUGAAGAAGGGACAGUCUUGCUACCGCCCACGUAAAACUGGUGAGCGCAAGCGCAAGUCGGUCCGUGGUUGCAUCGUCGAUGCUAACCUUUCCGCCCUCAACCUUGUCAUCGUCAAGAAAGGUUUGUCCCUAACUAUUCGUUUGCAAAAACAAAGAAAACUUUAGGAGAUGAUGAUGUCGAGGGACUUACUGACCAAGUUCAACCUCGCCGUUUGGGACCUAAGAGAGCUUCUCGCAUCCGCAAGCUCUUCAACCUCUCCAAGGAAGAUGAUGUUACGAAAUACGUUAUCACCCACGAGCGCAAGAAGGAAGGUAAGCAAAAAUUCUUGCUUUUUUUAUUCUCGUUAAAAUGCAAUCAUUUCUUUCUUGCUUUUUGGCGCAACGCUCUUAUUUAUUUCUAUGAGCGUGCGUUACUAGAAAGCAAAAUAAAUAUCUGCAGUAUCUGCUCAUAAUCUCUGCCCUUGGUGUGAUGCUUCGGUAGCAAAUGUUUAUGGGUUCGUAGAUAGAUGACAAUUUAUCCACAUUUAGGAAAGCCAACUCGCGUUGUUGCCCCCAAGAUUCAACGACUUGUGACCCCGACAGUUAUCGCUCGCCGCAAGGCUCAACUCAGGAAGAAGCGCAACCAGAGAAUUAAGUCCCGAGAAGAAGCUGCCGCUUACCACAAAUUGUUGAACAAAUACGCCAAGGCAUGUUUUUGUAUCAUUCAAAUUGUUUGUGACGUUGUUUUUGCACAAAAAAUAUCAUGACCGAACUUUUUCAGGAGCAACACGACCUCAAGAUCGCCCGCAGAAGAAGUUCGGCUUCGCACACGUCAGAUGACGGUAAAAAGACGGCUAAAAAAUAAAACUAUUGUUAACAUUGUUUUUUGAAUAAAAAUUUGUUGGUUUUUUGAUAAACCUUAAUGCAUUUCAAACGUGAUCGAAUUAUUAACGUCUUGAAAGUUGAACUUUUCAAUCAUUUCGAUGCGGUUGAAGCGUAAAGACUCCUCUUUCUCCAGCUGCGAAGAGUCCGCAGACACGGAAAAAUAUAUUUCUCUUAAUCAGGUUUUCUGCUUUCAAAAUUCUAGAGUUUCAUUUGACUAUGUCAGACGCUGGUAGUUUUUGACGUUGAACAGCCGCGGAAUGCUCAGCAAACUUUGACUAUGCGACGUCUUCCUGGCGUCGGGCCAAUCGCAUGGCGUUUUCAGGUUUAAUUGAGAGUUGAAAAGAAAGUUAAGCGGUUUUUAAUCAGACGAAUGCUCCAACAAGGUACAUUGUCUAUCCCAACAGUGGGGUAAUGUCCGAUGACGACGCCGUUCAGGUUUAAAAUAAACUUCUAGGGAUUCCAUAAGUUUUCUGUGGUCUUUCAGGUCGUGAUAACUUUGGUCGACAAUCGGUACAGUCCUCAGCACAAGCUGCAAAUCCACGCCAAGCAGUACACUGGAAAACAAAGUCUUGAUGCGGUUUUCAGAACACUUCUUUAAGUUGAAUAAUAAUUUUAAAAAGAUGUGGAAAGAGCCCAAUGGCACGCAGAUUAUUCAUUUGGACCUCGGCACGACUUUGAUGAACCUCGACCACGCAGCUUGCAUGAGUGAUGUUGGUCUUUUUGAAAAAAAUAUACUUUAUUUUUUUCUUCAAAAGUUGUAGUUUAUUCAUCGAGAUGAGAAAAUUAAAUGUUGGCUUCAAGCCGAGCUCUUUCUGAAAUUUUUAAAAAGUUUUUGGCCCCGAAUCGUAGAUUUCUAAUUAUGAUAUUCACUCUGAAAAAGACUAUGGCUAUCAAAUUUAAAAGUGAUCUUCACUACUGAAAUUUCAAUAAAACACAAAAAUUGGCUCCAGGAAGCCGGCAGCAAGACCGACAUCCGCCAAAUUCUCAGCUUGAGCUCGACUGUUGGUCAAGAACGCAUCAAAGAACUAGAAGGUAGGAAAAUAAAAUUUUUUUCAACUUUUUUGGAUCAAACUUCAAAGUAAAACUUUGAAAAAUUUCGUUCCGAAACUUUUUUUCAGAAAAAAAAUAUUAUGUGUGUUGUUUCAAGAAAAUCGAUCCAAUGUACUCGCAAUUUUAAAUUUUUCGAGUUGACGGACUUGGGUUCAUAUAAUAAAAAAAUAUAAUAAAAAAAUGAAAACGAGUUAUAUUUCAAAUCGCCGCGCGACCGCGACGCACCUAGCCAUUCUCCAUGCGACUUUUUUUCUCAACUUUUUUUCCUUUCUAAAUUCAGAAAUUUUUUUCAAUCGAAAUUUUGAGUUGAUUCGUUCUCCUAAGUUGUGUUUUUGUAUAAAAAUUAGGAAUUUCAAGAAAUCUACGCGAUGGCCGAGCAAGACAACGCGACACUGGCCAACAACGUUGACCAAUCCAAUAAAUUGAAAGAAGUUUUGGUCACUCAAUUGAGCAGCAAGUGUGUUUUGAAAAAGACUCAAAAAAUUUUGAAAAAUGAUGUCCACAAAAUGCGAAAUUAUCUCUCCAAAAUCCAGUCAUAUUUUCCUUUCUCUUACGAACUUCGCGGAAUCACUUUGAACACAGCAUAAUUGAAAACUAUACUGAAUAUGAGAAAGAGAAAAUGGGAAAUUUAUUCAGAAAAGAAUACGCGGCAGAUCUCCGCAAGGCUCUUUCCAUCCUUGAGUCUAAGUACAUGCGAAAAAGUGCUGAAGUGAGUUUUCAAUCCGGAAUUUUAGAUUAAAACAAAAAAAGUGUAUCAGAAAUCAAAAAAAAAAAUGAAGAUGGAAUAUUGCUGACUAUUGUUGUGUUCAUGCCUUUUUAUUCGAUACAAUUUUUUUUUACAGUUUAAUUCGAGACCUCAAAAAUAAAUAUAAAAAAAGCAAAAAGAUUACUGCGUUCGGGGGGAAUCGAACCCCCGUCGAAUGCUUGGAAGGCAUCCAUGCUGACCAUUACACCACGAACGCUUCUGCAGCGAAAGCUUGAGAAAUCAUAUCCAUCCCGGGAGGAACAGGAAACUUGAAGAGCGAAAUCGGGUCAGAUCUCCUUUCGGAAACGACUUCCGAAGCGUAUCUCAACCUGUUCCUCCCGGGUUGGAUACGAUUUCUCAAGCUUGCGUUGCAGAAGCGUUCGUGGUGUAAUGGUCAGCAUGGAUGCCUUCCAAGCAUUCGACGGGGGUUCGAUUCCCCCCGAACGCAGAAACAUUUUUGCCUUUUGAUAAUUCUAUGAAAGACUGAAAAACUAUCAUAACUAUACAUUCAGUCUCAAAAAUAUAAAAAUGGCUAUUGAAAAAAGUAAAAAUAAAAAAUAAAAGUUUUCAUAUUCAAUAUAGUCCGUCCGCCGCGACUUGACAGUUUUCGCGUGUCUGCGUCUCUCUGUUCCCUCACCGGGGAGGUCAGAAAAAACAUGGAAAUAGCUUUUCAAAAUGAGAGAGACGUAGAGAAAUUAGAAGGCGCACAGAAGUCCCGCCCUUUCAAGUCGCGUAAAACGGACUAUAUACAAUUUUCUGAUUUUCAUUUAUUAACCUAAAAGUAGUGUUAACUGUGAGGUGAAAAUAGGAAAUCGAUAAAAUUCGGUUUUCAAAAAAAUUGAAUUUCUCAGAGUUGGCAAUUUAAUUCAGAUAUGUUGAAAUGAUCAAAUUGACCUCCAAAUGAAUAUAAAAAAGGCAAAAAUGUUUCUGCGUUCGGGGGGAAUCGAACCCCCGUCGAAUGCUUGGAAGGCAUCCAUGCUGACCAUUACACCACGAACGCUUCUUGAAGGCAAUCUUGAGAAAUCGUAUCCAACCCGGGAGGAACAGGUUGAGAUACGCUUCGGAAGUCGCUUCCCAAAGGAGAUCUGACCCGAUUUCGCUCCUGUAUUUUCCUGUUUCUCCCGCAUUGGAUACGUUUUCUCAUGCUUUCCUUCCAGAAGCGUUCGUGGUGUAAUGGUCAGCAUGGAUGCCUUCCAAGCAUUCGACGGGGGUUCGAUUCCCCCCGAACGCAGAAACCUUUUUGUUUUUUUUUUUUUAAUUUUAUUUAGAGGUCUGAAAGUGUUUUCAGUUCAAAUUAUUCCUAGUCUCUUUGACUUGAACUAGAGAAAAUCUCAAAUCUGAUUAUUUUUACUGCUUUCUCUGGAGAAUGGAUUUUCUAAAAGUACCGGGAAAUAAAAGAGUCUUGAAAUCAUCAUUUUUCAUUACCAGGUGGACCGUUUGGGAGCCGAACUCGCGAAUCUCCGCACCCACCGCACUGUCCGCGUCGAAAACACUUCAAACUGCGUCAUUUCUUGA